UACAAUUGAUAACAAAAUACACAUUUAUCAUAAAGGACACACAUUUAUCAUAAAGGACACUAUAAGACAACAUCUUUAAUCUUCCAUUAAAUUCCUCAGUUUUCAAUUUGAUCUUCAAGUUCUUGUUCUUUUUCCUUGCAUCUUCAUACAAGGACUUCAUAUAUCCCACAUAUGCCAUGACUUCCAACUCUAAGUUCCUAAUGGUAACAGAAAGCGUGAGGAGAGGUUUGGAAGGAAAAUGCGAAAACCAAGCAUCCUCACUUGUUGCUGAAUCAAAGCUGUAUGAAUUACUGCUUUUAGGAACUGGCAUACCAAUUGCGAAAUGGUCUGGUGUUGAAGGAGAGUAUAAUGUCCUUGUGAUGGAUCUACUUGGUCCUAGUCUUGAGGAUUUAUUCAAUCUUUGUAAAAGGAAAUUGUCCCUCAACACCAAUGAAGCACGGACACGAUACGAGUAUCGGAUACGACACGUAUCGGAUACGGCGAUACGUUGAAGAUACGUAUAUAAAA